GAGCGCCAUGUGGGAAUUCAUUUAAAAUGUAUUCUCAGUGCAGGAAUGAGGCGCACGAUGAUGUUUAAUUUUUUAACAGUGCAGUGCCAACCAUUACUCUAAUUUGGUUGAUUAGGAGAGAUGGCAAAAUAUAAGAAAACGAGCAACAAUAGUGUGAAUGUGAUUGAACGAUGUCUGUGCAACUUUUAUAUCGUGUUCUUUUUGGGUUUUCUGCUUGGGUUAUGUAUGUCCAUGGUAAUGAUAACUUCUUUUGGGGCAUCUAGCAUGCUGAAAAACUACAUGCCUCCAAAAGUGCACGGAAAUGAAAAACAGGAGCAUCUCAAGGAGGAACUAAAAUUAAAAAUUGACGCAAAAUUUAUUCGAGAGGUCUCCAGUUCAAAUCUGACGCUUGCAAGGCAGUUAAAGAACACCGCACGCAGAAUCCAAGGCAUUGCAAUGGCAAAGAAAAUGCGAAUCCUCUGUUGGGUGAUGACGGCGAAGCACACGCACAAAACAAGGUCUUUGGCAAUCAAAAGAACGUGGGGACGUCAUUGCGACAAAAUUCUAUUCUUUAGUGAAUCAGAGGACACCGAAGUUCCAACGAUCCAGAUAGAAAAUGUACCGCCUAAUCGGAGCGGUCUAUGGACGAAAGUGGUCGGCGCUUACAAACACGUCUACAAUUACCACCGAGAUGAAUAUGAUUGGGUCCUGCGGGCCGAUGACGAUACAUUCGCCAUAGUUGAAAACAUGCGGGAAAUGCUUUUACCUUACAGUCCAGAUCAACCUGGAUUUUUCGGCUACAGAUUCAUUCCCCAUUCUCCGCGCGGGUACUUCAGCGGGGGCGGCGGUGUGCUUACGAGCAGAGAAGCGGUUGAAAGGGUGGUGACGAGGGCAUUUGAUGAUAAAAAUCGAGACUGCGCCAACACAUCGAAACCUAUUACAGACGACGAUGUGAAGAUUGCCCAGUGCUUGUAUGCUGUUGGGGUCGAGCCAGAUGACUCGCGAGACUUUCUGGGUCGCAGCCGAAUGCACUGCUUUGAUGAUCAGGCGCACAUAAACCCAAAUGUUGUCAAUAGAGACUGGUGGUAUUGGCAAUACCUUUGGUGGCCUGUCAAGGGGGGACUGGCAUGUUGCGGUGAAAAUGGAAUUGCGUGGCACUAUAUCUCACCGGAAAAACAGUACAUGCUGCAUUACCUUUCUUAUCAUGUGCAACCGGAGAGCGUAAUUUUCGUGGCGAAGGCGACUGUUCCCGAAGGAGGCAUUCCAAAAACAACGGAGAGAACCACUUAUGAACCAAUCGGAUAUCCAAUUGAAAUUGCUCGAUUCUUUUCUCUCCGCCAAUUCAGUAUCAUGCGCUCUCAUUUCCAAGAUAAAAAAGCGGCCGGUAUUUGCCUUCUGAUUAGCAGGUUAUGGCGCGGUGUGUCUCGCUGUUAUCACCUAGCUCAGUUAUUCUUUUUAGCAAUAGUACGUGCUGCGGACCUCUUGCCGGCAAAAAUAUUUCGCCUCCUUCAUGUUUUGCAGCAAAAGAUGAUCAAACUAGAUGCAGGAGCACUUGGUUUGAGGAAUAGAGGUUCCAAUGCCAAGACUUUGUGCGUUUUCGCUGUUGGCAUCGCAGUCGGCUUUGCAGCGUCCUCACUUUUUGUUUCCCAUCGAUUUUUGGAAGAAAAUUACUUCGUCAAAUUUGUAAAUUCUCAAAAUGAUUCUAAGGUUGAAUCAGAGAGUGUGUUUCAAAAACCAUUUAAAUCCAUAGUACAGCUACAUCGUGACAUGGAAUUGAAUCAUUCGUACACGUUAGAACUACUUCAUAAGGCUGAGGAAAUGCACGCGAGGAAGCUUGCCGAACAAAUCAGAAUUUUGUGCUGGGUGAUGACGACGGAAUCAAACCAUAAGGAAAAGGCGUUCCACGUCAAAUCCACUUGGGGCCGGCACUGCAAUCGAUUGAUUUUUAUCAGUGACGCUGAAGAUCACUCGUUGCCGGCCGUAAAACUGGACGUGGCUGCUAAUCGUGCAGCUCUUUGGGCCAAAACUGUGGGCGCAUUCCAGCAUGUUUAUGAGCAUUAUAGGGAUGAAUACGACUGGGUAAUGAAGGCCGAUGAUGACACAUACGUCUUCGUGGAGAAUCUGAGGACGAUGCUCAUUCCCUACUCGCCAAAAGAGUUGAUUUACUUUGGAUCUCGGUUUAAAAUAGGGACUCCACUAGGAUACAUGAGUGGUGGUGGAGGUUAUGCGGUUAGCAGAGACGCUGUGGAAAAGGUGGUUAAUGAAGCAUUUGAUGGCAAACAAUCAGAUUGUCCUUUAUCAAGCGAUGACGGGCCUGAAGAUAUUUUGAUUGCCAAAUGUCUUCAUUCAGUUGGUGUUAUACCUGGAGAUUCAAGAGACUCAAAUGGAAGGGGCAGAUUUUUCCCAUUUGCUGUGGACAAUCACGUGAAUCCAAACCAAGAGCCUAAGGACUGGUGGUAUUGGGACUACAUUUACUGGCCAAUAGAAGGGGGAUUGGAUUGCUGCUCCAAUCAACCGGUCUCAUUUCAUUACGUGACCCCGACGCAAAUGUAUAUGAUUGAAUUCUUAGCCUACAAAGUGAGACCAUUCAGCGUUAAUAAUUUGCAAAAAUGGGUAAAUCCAACCAUUCCCCCUACGUCACGGGCAAAUACUACGGAGAGUGGUGAUUGAAAUAGAAAAAAAUUCGAAAUUAAUUUUUCUAAUAAAAGUCUCAGAGCACCACAAGACACAAGAAUUUCAUUUU